UUUCAGCAAAAGACAGCGGCGCCAAUUCCCAUUCCGGUUCCAGGUUCUCCACUUGGAAAUUUUUGCGCCUGCAUCGAAGUAGGCACCUCAUCCCGGGGGCCAUUUGCAUUUCUCGUGUCGUUCUACACACGCCGAGGUGGUUUGUUGCGGCGAGGAGGCAGAAAAACGGACCGCGUUUCAUUGUAACAAGGAGACUUCUCAGGAGUGAGGCUGCUUGGUUUUUAGCCUUCACUCUGAGAUUGAUCUUUGCAGUCUGAAGCAGACUGUUGGUAGGAUUUUGAGCUUUGGUGGAGUUAGUUAGUGACAAUGGAAGGAGUUCGCAUGCGUGGUGCUGUCGCAGCCGCAAUGCCAGCGGUGGAGGUCGCAUCGACCUCAGCUGGCGCUCGUAAACAUGCUUCUCGGCGUGCAAGAGUGGCGCCCCUGCAGUCGGCCUUUUUGAGCACCACCGUGCCACUUCCGUGCCCUUCUAAGACCUGCAUAUUCCCUACCUUGCGGUGUGCCGGACGGGCUGUUUCUGUCUCUGCUGCGUCGGGGGACAGCUACUCCAAUUCUCGCAGGACAUCGGAGCCUGUGCCAGAGGUGUACUUCUAUAGCCCCGGUGCUCUGGGGCAGACUCCACCUGGUGGAAAGCGUAUUAAAUGGGAGAUUGGGAGUGUGGCCGGCGAGGUCAAGGAGAUGGCCCCUUCAUCCCCAGAUGCUCCGUUUGCGUCGUGGAGCAAUUUAGGGUUUAACGGUGGCAAGCGAAAGGACCUAAAGAAAAUCCUCGUACUGGGAGCAGGUCCUAUUGUAAUUGGCCAAGCCUGUGAAUUCGAUUACUCAGGAACUCAAGCAUGUAAAGCUUUGAAGGAAGAGGGUUAUGAAGUAAUCCUCAUCAACUCAAAUCCUGCCACAAUCAUGACAGAUCCCGAAACCGCUGAUCGCACAUACAUCACUCCUAUGACCCCUGAACUCGUCGAGAAGGUUCUCGAAAAGGAGAGGCCUGAUGCAAUUUUGCCUACCAUGGGAGGACAAACCGCUCUAAAUCUUGCCUGCGCUCUGGCAAAAAGUGGAGUGCUCGACAAGUACAACGUUGAAUUGAUAGGUGCUAAACUAGAUGCUAUUGAGAAAGCCGAAGAUAGAGAAUUAUUUAAGAAAGCCAUGGCUAAGAUCGGAAUAAACUCCCCACCCUCGGGUAUUGCGCAUACUAUGGAUCAGUGCUUUGAAAUUGCUGAGAGAAUUGGUGAGUUCCCGCUAAUUAUCCGGCCGGCGUUCACCCUUGGAGGCACUGGUGGUGGUAUCGCCUACAACAAGGAAGAGUUCGAGACAAUUUGCAAAGCUGGUCUUAGCGCAAGCAUUAAUUCGCAGGUUUUAGUUGAAAAAUCUCUACUAGGUUGGAAGGAGUACGAGUUGGAGGUGAUGCGAGAUUUGGCCGAUAACGUGGUGAUCAUCUGUUCAAUUGAGAAUAUUGACUCCAUGGGUGUCCACACUGGGGAUUCUAUAACUGUGGCUCCUGCUCAAACUUUGACAGACAAAGAGUACCAACGCUUGAGGGAUCAAUCAGUUGCAAUCAUUCGGGAGAUUGGUGUAGAAUGUGGAGGUUCAAAUGUGCAAUUUGCUGUGAAUCCCAAGAAUGGCGAGGUCAUGAUCAUUGAAAUGAAUCCUCGAGUGUCUCGGUCUUCAGCACUUGCAUCCAAAGCUACUGGUUUCCCAAUUGCUAAAAUGGCAGCGAAACUGUCUGUUGGAUUUACACUGGAUCAAAUUCCAAAUGAUAUCACGAGGAAAACUCCAGCCAGUUUCGAGCCCUCGAUUGAUUACGUUGUCACUAAGAUUCCACGAUUCGCGUUUGAGAAAUUCCCUGGUUCUCAGCCAAUCUUGACUACGCAAAUGAAGUCUGUUGGUGAAGCUAUGGCUAUGGGGCGGACGUUUCAGGAGUCGUUUCAGAAGGCGAUGAGGUCUUUGGAGACGGGGCAUAGUGGUUGGGGCUGUGAGAAGGUCAAGGAGCUUGAAUGGGACUGGGAUAAAAUUAAGUACAACUUGCGUGUACCCAACCCUGAGCGUAUGUAUUCUCUCUAUGCUGCCAUGAAGCGUGGAAUGACACAGGAUGAGAUCUGCGACUUGACACUCAUCGACCCGUGGUUUAUCUCCCAGCUGGGCGAGUUGUUGGAAACUGAAAACUUCUUGGAAAGUGUAAAGUUGAGUGACCUCAGCAAAGAUGACCUCUACGAAGUCAAGAGGCGAGGUUUUAGUGACAAGCAGAUUGCAUAUGCUACAAAGUCUACGGAAUUAGAAGUCCGUGCUUACCGACUUCAACAUGGAGUGAAACCUGCUUAUAAGCGUGUGGACACCUGUGCUGCGGAAUUUGAGGCCAAUACUCCUUACUUAUACUCUUCUUACGACGCAGAGUGUGAGUCAGCUCCAACUACGCGUAAGAAGGUGCUCAUUCUUGGAGGUGGACCUAACAGGAUUGGUCAGGGAAUUGAGUUCGAUUACUGUUGCUGCCACGCAGCUUUCUCCCUUGGGGAUGCCGGAUACGAAACUAUUAUGAUGAACUCGAACCCAGAGACCGUAUCUACUGAUUACGAUACCUCUGAUCGACUUUAUUUCGAGCCUUUAACAGCGGAGGAUGUGUGCAACGUGAUCGAUCUGGAAAGACCUGAUGGAAUUAUCGUGCAGUUUGGUGGUCAGACACCACUGAAGUUGGCUGUUCCUAUUCAAGAAUACCUGGAGAAGUUCCAACCUGAUGCUGCUAGUGGUGAGGGCAAGGUAAAGAUUUGGGGGACGACGCCAGAUUCGAUAGAUGCAGCGGAGGAUAGGAAGAGGUUUGAUGCUAUCCUCAAUGAGCUUGAGAUUAAGUCACCAUCAGGCGGAAUCGCAAAAAGUGAAGAUGAUGCUUUGGCAAUUGCAAAGAGAGUGGGUUACCCUGUUGUGGUCAGGCCUUCGUACGUUCUUGGAGGAAGGGCAAUGGAAAUUGUGUACAACGACGAAAAGUUGAAGACGUAUCUAGAGACGGCUGUGGAGGUUGACCCGGAGAGGCCCGUUCUGGUUGACAAGUACCUGAUAGAUGCUACUGAAAUUGAUGUGGACUCCCUGACGGAUGCUGAAGGGCAUGUCGUUAUUGGAGGUAUCAUGGAGCAUAUUGAACAAGCUGGUGUGCACUCAGGUGAUUCAGCAUGUACACUUCCUUCCCAAAAUCUUGGGUCGGAGGCAUUGGAAAAGAUCCGCGACUAUACAACCAAACUUGCUCGCCGACUUGGAGUUGUUGGUUUGAUGAAUUGCCAGUAUGCAAUUACACUGGAGGGUGAGGUUUACAUUAUCGAGGCUAAUCCCCGUGCCUCUCGAACAGUUCCAUUUGUGUCGAAGGCAAUUGGGCAUCCUUUAGCUAAGUAUGCUGCUCUGGUAAUGUCUGGCAAGUCAUUAGCGGAUCUGAACUUCACAGAGGAAGUUAUUCCUCGUCACGUUUCAGUGAAGGAAGCAGUCUUACCCUUCGACAAGUUCCAAGGAUGUGACGUGCUGUUGGGUCCUGAAAUGCGAAGCACAGGUGAAGUCAUGGGCAUUGACUUCAAUUUUGACAAGGCUUUUGCCAAAGCUCAAAUUGCUGCCAACCAGAGGCUACCUCUGACUGGAACUGUUUUCAUAAGCAUGAACGAUAUGUUGAAGGAAAAGGUUGUACCUAUUGCGAAGGGUUUCCAGGACCUUGGUUUCAAAAUUCUGUGUACCGACGGCACAGCAAACUAUUUAGGAAAAGCUGGCAUAGAAGUUGAGAGGGUGUUAAAGCUUCAUGAGGGACGGCCACAUGCAGCUGACUUGCUAGCGAACGGAGAUAUUCAACUCAUGAUCAUUACCAGCUCAGGAGAUGCCCUUGAUCAAAUUGAUGGUAGGCAAUUGCGAAGAUUGGCCUUGGGUUACAAGGUACCUAUCAUUACCACCAUUGCGGGAGCCGUAGCUACUCUUCAGGCCGUUACUGGUUUGAAAGGUAGUCCUGUUGAGAUGAUGGCUUUGCAGGAUUUUUUCGUCCAAGAGAAAAAAGUUGUCGCAGAGGCCAAUUAAGUAGAUCGUUCUAUUAUCCGAUAUUGUAACGUUAUAGUCGACAGUGAUCAUCUGUACUGACUCCAUCAAGCUAAUUCCCAUGAGGACUCAUCAGCCAAUUCAAAGUUGAUGUGCGCCAGAAGUGUUCGUUUGGAGGCAUCUUAAUGAACUUAGUCACACUUCGAAUGUAGUAGUAAGUUCCCUGCAGACCAGCUGUGGUAGAUGCUGUGAAUUGUGGUUUUUUCCACAUUUAUCAAUUUGAGAUUAUGCUUUCAAGCAUGUUUUCAAGCUCUCAGAACA